AUGCUGGCACGUACUGUUCUGCGCAGCGUGCCCUUCCGGGGUAUCGCACGUCAGUCCCUGAACAAGACCUCUACGCGUGCGUCUUCCUCAGCUGCCGGUGCCGAAUCCGCCAGCUCCCCCUUCCACCUCACACUCACUGCGUCCGUCGCUACCGCCGUCGCCCUCGGAUCCGCUACGUAUCUCUAUGGACAGGAAGCUUUUGCGAUGACACCUGCUGAGGAGGGUCUGCACCCUACCCAGUACCCUUGGGAGCACGCCAAGUGGAACAAGACCUUCGAUCACCAGGCUCUCCGCCGUGGUUUCCAGGUCUACCGUGAAGUGUGCUCCAGCUGCCACUCUCUGACCCGUGUGCCUUGGCGUUCGUUCGUCGGUGUUACCCACACCGUCGAUGAAAUGAAGGUUUUCGCUGAGGAGAACGAAUAUGACACCGAGCCCAACGACCAGGGUGAUAUCGAGAAGCGCCCCGGAAAGCUGUCCGACUAUAUCCCUGCUCCUUACAAGAACGACGAAGCUGCUCGUGCCGCCAAUGCCGGUGCCCUGCCCCCAGAUCUCAGCUUGAUUGUCAAGGGCCGUCAUGGUGGCUGCAACUACAUCUUCAAUCUGCUGACCGGUUACCCCGAUGAGCCCCCUGCUGGUGCUUCCGUCCAGGAGGGCAUGAACUUCAACCCCUACUUCCCUGGUACUGCUAUUGCCAUGGCCCGUGUCCUCUUCGAUGGUGUCGUUGAGUACGAGGACGGCACCCCUGCCACCACCUCCCAGAUGGCCAAGGACGUCGUUGAAUUCCUCAACUGGGCUGCCGAGCCUGAGAUGGAUGAGCGUAAGAAGAUGGGUUUCAAGGCCAUCACUCUCCUCACCGGUCUCUUCGCUCUGAGCGUCUGGGUCAAGCGUUACAAGUGGUCCCCCAUCAAGACAAGGAAGAUCGUGUACAGCCCCCCCGUCCCCCGGCGCUGA